CCCUGGGGGAGAAGCGCUGAGGGCGCGCUCGCAAGGCGGGCGCCCCUCGUUUCCGGCCAGCCCGCAGCCUCUCGCGGCAGUGGCGGCGCCCGGGCCCCGGCCGCGCUGGGUUCCCAGCCCCAGGAACGCGGGGGGCGGUGGGGGCGGGGCGGGGAUUAGCCUGGGAGCAGCGCUGACAGCCCCGCUGUGCCUUCCCAGUCCGGCGGGGCCCGCUGGGCCACUCAAUCCGCCUUUGUUUGCGCGGUGUCACACCGCAUUACCCGCAUAAUGCGGCCGCCGGGCCCGGGCCGCCCGGCCGGCCGCCACCGCGUAGCAACGGGCGGCUCCCGCGGCCGGGCCGCGCCCCCGGCCCAGGCACCGGGCCGCGAAAUCCCCAUUGAAGCGGCGCCCCCCGCCCCCGCGCCGUGCCGAAUGGCCAGAGGGCGUGUGAAUGGCGCGGCGACCGCAGCGGGCGCGGGCCCCCGGGCCGCGCCGUGGGGGGGCGGCGCUCGGGCGCUUCUCAGGCUGCCCCGGCGCCUCCGGCGCCCGCCCCUGCCCCACCCCGCCCGGGGAAGCGCCUCCAGCCCGCCGCGCUGCCGCCGCACCUCGCCCCUUCCGGCCGCCGACCCCAGAGUCCCCCAGACUCGCGGCGCGGGCCCCUGCCCUCGGCCACCCCUCCGGGCGGGCCCAGCCCCGAGGCAUCUGUCACGGCUGGCGCAGAAGACGCAGGUUCCAGGCAGCCAGACCCCCUGCGCCCCAGGGACCGGGACCUGUGCCAGAACCUGCGGCAGCGACUUAAAAAGUUCAACGCAGAGUGAAUGAGCAGUGCACCCAGGCCGGCUUCCCCCUGGCUCUAGGCCGGAGCCGGGAAGAGCGAUCAGAGGUGACUCUCGCUUUUGGAGAGCGCGUCUAGACGCAAAGCUGUUUGAUUCAGCGCUACCUGGCCCGAGGAGGGGCACCGGAAAGCGCUGAGACCAACACACUGACAAGAUCGGGUUUGAAAUGCAAACUGCCGCCACUUGGCCCCAAUUAAGAGGCCAAACCUUUUAUGUCAACAAGGAAUAAUUAGUUUUGGUAAUAGAAGCGUAAACAGAAUUGUCAUUCAUUGAUUUGCUAAUUACCCUCCUGUCCCAUGACAAUAGCCAACAUUUUGGCUGUAAGAGGGACGGACCU